CUUCGCCAUUCUCGCUCUUCCCCCUCCUUGUGAUAACUAUUCUUCUUCUUGGAUCAUCAUCAGGAGACUAAUACCAUCAUAGUUCGUAUUUUAUACGGAAAUCAAUCGCAAUGACUGCGACAGGAACGAGCGUUUCGCUCCUCAAGUUUGUGGGCACUGUCUCACUUGGCUUGCUGACGGGUGUCUCAUACUCCAUCUCAUCUCUCGCCCUCCCUGCCCUUCUCCGACUUCCUUCCUCAGCUUCCGCCUCUCACGGCCUCUCUACCCUCAGCGCAGCCCUCAAGACACCUGUUCUGGCCCUCACGUCUCUCGCUUCUGCGCCGUUCCUUAUUAGCUUCUUCCUCGCUCCCCGCUCAUCUCGCCAUCCUUACCUUCUCUACACAGCCAUCCUCGCCACUCUAUCUUCCGUCGCCCCCAUCCUUAUUCCUACACCUACACCUGCUCCUAGACGUACCGCUUCAUCGGCGCCUCGAAAGUCUUCGCGUGCUAAGAUGGAGGCCAGCUACGAAGUUCUAGGCGAUGCUCACAGUGAGCCCGCCAGCGACGAAGAUAUCGAAGACAUCAAUGGCGAGGAAGUUCGAGCUGAGGUCGAGGGUCUUACGCGAAGCUACCUCGCCAGGACAGCUAUUUCUGCCCUGGGCUUUGCCAUGGCAGUCGUUGGUAUUUGGGGUGAUGGUGCACCCCAGUCUGUUGUCUACGUCUCAUAAGAAGGACAGGCAGUUCUAAAUUGCGAUUUUCCCGUUUACAUAAAUUGAUGAAUAUUCAAAACACAAGGGCGGUCGAUAUACUCAGAAAUUAGGAACAUCUCCGAUCAAUACUACUUAAUGAAAC